GGACUGGACUGGACUGGACGCAGUUUGUCGGUCCAAAGGAGAGCCGCUGCAAGGAAAAAGGGGGGGUUGGUGGUGGCCCACAAUGCUCCAAAAACGGGGGGGGAAUUAAUCAGACAUGGAUAUUUAAAAGCUUUCCAAAGGGUUUCUCUGUUGUUUCUUUUUGCCCCCUUCCCCAGAUGUUGCUGCUGUUUAAUUCGAGCUGCUCCAUGUCUCCCAUCACUUUAUAACCGCCACAAGAUGAGGAUUUCUUCUCGCCGCUGGUUUUUCUUGAUAUUUUGGGGCUUGUGGGGACUGUCGCUGGCUGCUUUCCCGAGCAGCGUUCAGAUCGGCGGACUCUUCAUCAGAAACACGGAUCAGGAGUACACCGCGUUCCGCUUGGCCAUCUUCCUGCACAACACCAGCCCCAAUGCCUCGGAAGCGCCCUUCAACCUGGUGCCUCACGUGGACAACAUUGAGACGGCUAACAGCUUCGCCGUCACCAACGCCUUUUGCUCCCAGUACUCCCGCGGUGUCUUCGCCAUCUUCGGCCUCUACGACAAGCGAUCGGUGCACACGUUGACGUCCUUCUGCAGCGCCCUGCACAUCUCCCUCAUCACGCCCAGCUUCCCCACCGAGGGCGAGAGCCAGUUCACGCUGCAGCUCCGGCCGUCCAUCCGGGGGGCGCUGCUGUCCCUGCUGGACCACUAUGACUGGAACAAGUUUGUCUUCCUCUACGACACCGAUAGAGGUUACGCCAUCCUGCAGGCCAUCAUGGAGAGAGCGGGCCAGAACAACUGGCAGGUGAGCGCCAUCUGCGUGGAGAACUUCAACGACGCCAACUAUCGCCGACUGCUGGACGACCUGGACAGGCGGCAGGAGAAGAAGUUUGUGAUCGACCUGGAGGCCGAGAGGCUGCAGAACAUGCUGGAACAGAUUGUCAGCGUGGGAAAGCACGUCAAAGGCUACCAUUACAUCAUGGCCAACCUGGGUUUCAAAGACAUCAAUCUGGAGCGCUUCAUGCACGGCGGCGCCAACGUGACGGGCUUCCAGCUGGUGGACUUCAGCAAUGCCAUGGUCAUCAAACUGAUGCAGCGCUGGAACAAGCUGGAUCAGAGGGAGUACCCGGGUUCCGACGCCCCGCCCAAGGCAUUCUCUCCAUCUGUCUUCCAGUAUACGUCAGCGUUGACCUACGACGGGGUGAUGGUGAUGGCCGAGGCCUUCAGGAACCUCCGAAGGCAAAAGGUGGACAUUUCUAGAAGGGGCAACGCCGGCGACUGCCUGGCCAACCCCGCCGCCCCAUGGAACCAGGGCAUCGACAUGGAGCGUACUCUCAAACAGGUGCGGCUGCAGGGAUUAACAGGUAAUGUCCAGUUUGACCACUAUGGCCGCAGGGUCAACUACACGAUGGACGUGUUUGAGCUGAAGAAUAAUGGACCCAGACGGAUUGGCUACUGGAACGACGCCGACAAGCUGGUGCUGAUCCAGGACUCGCCGCACCUUCCCAACGACACGUCCGGCAUGGAAAACCGCACGGUGGUGGUGACCACCAUCAUGGAGGGUCCCUAUGUGAUGCUUAAGAAGAACUGGGAGAUGUACGAGGGCAACGACCAAUACGAGGGAUACUGCGUGGACCUGGCCUCUGAGAUCGCCAAACACAUCGGCAUCAAGUACAAGAUCUCCAUCGUCCCUGAUGGCAAGUACGGCGCCCGGGACCCAGAGACGAAAAUUUGGAACGGCAUGGUCGGGGAGCUGGUGUACGGGAAAGCGGAAAUCGCUGUGGCCCCUUUGACAAUCACGUUGGUCCGGGAAGAGGUGAUCGACUUCUCCAAGCCCUUCAUGUCGUUGGGCAUCUCCAUCAUGAUCAAGAAGCCCCAGAAAUCCAAACCGGGCGUCUUCUCCUUCCUGGACCCGUUGGCCUACGAGAUCUGGAUGUGCAUCGUGUUCGCCUACAUCGGCGUGAGCGUGGUGCUCUUCCUGGUCAGCCGCUUCAGCCCGUACGAGUGGCACACCGAGGAGCCCGAGGAGGGCACCGACGGUCCGCCAAGCGACCAGCCCCCCAAUGAGUUUGGCAUCUUCAACUCGCUCUGGUUCUCCCUGGGCGCCUUCAUGCAGCAGGGCUGCGACAUCUCUCCCAGGUCCUUAUCCGGUCGCAUCGUUGGCGGCGUGUGGUGGUUCUUCACCCUCAUCAUCAUCUCGUCCUACACGGCUAAUCUGGCCGCCUUCCUCACCGUGGAGAGGAUGGUGUCCCCCAUCGAAAGUGCCGAGGACCUGGCCAAGCAGACAGACAUUGCGUACGGAACUUUGGACUCUGGCUCCACCAAGGAGUUCUUCAGGCGCUCCAAGAUAGCCGUCUAUGAGAAGAUGUGGGGCUACAUGAAGUCGGCCGAGCCCACCGUCUUCACCAAGACCACGGCGGAGGGCGUGGCGCGCGUACGCAAGUCCAAGGGCAAGUACGCCUUCCUGCUGGAGUCCACCAUGAACGAGUACACGGAGCAGCGCAAGCCGUGCGACACCAUGAAAGUCGGAGGCAACCUGGACUCCAAAGGCUACGGCGUAGCCACGCCCAAGGGUUCACAGUUAAGAAGCGCCGUUAACCUGGCCGUGUUAAAACUCAAUGAGCAGGGCCUCUUGGACAAAUUGAAAAACAAGUGGUGGUACGACAAAGGAGAGUGUGGCAGCGGAGGCGGUGGCGAGAAGGACAAAUCGUCACAGGCCCUCAGUCUGAGCAACGUGGCGGGGGUCUUCUACAUCCUGGUGGGGGGCCUGGGCCUGGCCAUGCUGGUGGCCCUCAUCGAGUUCUGCUACAAGUCCCGCAACGAGGCCAAGAGAAUGAAGCUCACGUUCACGGAAGCUAUGAGGAACAAAGCCCGCCUGUCCAUCACAGGCAGCGUGGGUGAAAACGGACGAGUGCUGACGCCCGACUGCCCCAAGGCCGUGCACGCCGGGCCACCCCUCCGCCAGAGCUCGGGCCUCGCCCUGGUCUCCGCCGAGCUGCCAUGAAAGCCAAAGACCUCUCAAGUGCCUUAGUCCGAGCGCAAAAACCGGGAAAGGGAACAGCAGGCUUGGCGCACUAACCCCACCCAACCCCCCCACCACCACCCCCCAAACCCUGACCACCACUCGACCAGCCGGCGAGGCGAAAACACUGAGGUGUUUUUCCUUUUUUUUAAGAAAGACUUGCAACUGUGAGGAGAAUAUCAUCGUUUCUGAUCAUGUAUGACCUGAAAACAGAAAAACUGCUUUGCUGAACUGUGGAUCCUCCCCAAGAGGAGACGUUCCACGGACUCUCGAUAUCAACAAGUGGGAUGAAAACAUUUGUAUCCAUACUACAAAGUCUAUUGAUAUUGAAUCUAUAUAAUAUAAAGACAUAAGUACAUAUGUAUAUUGAGUAGCUGUACAUAGGGACGACUGUGCUUGCUCAUUUUUAAACAAAGAUUGUCUAGUGGCCACUUCUUCUUUUCUAAUGGCAAUAAUAUUUCAACAUCUACGUAUUCUACCACGAAGGAACAUUUCCAAAAUGUAGCAGCCUCAUACAAAAUAAUUGACCCAUUUCUACCAUGAAUGUCGACAGGCUCCGCCUCCUUCCGCAACCCACUGUGUUUCAAAACUGUGGUCCGAAUAGAAGUAUUUUUUUUCCAUUCUUUGCUCUAUUUUUUCUACAAGACAAGUAUUAAGCGAGUAGAUAUUUUAGUUUGGGCGUAACAAACGCAAACAACGGCCAUUUUCUCUUCAAUGUUGUCGGAAUAUUUCUGUACGUAUUUGUGUGCGUGUCCAACGACUGACUCUACUGUCCUUACGCGGGAACACUGUGGACACGCCAUCAUCGCUACACUCCGAAUGUCCCGGAAUUUGAAAAAAAAAACGUGCAAGAGGACGUCACAGUUUUUAAGAGCGGUGAUGGUGGUGAUGGCCUUUUUUUUCUCCUGUCCAUCUUCAAAAUUCUAAAAGUACCACAGCGUCUAAGGGUUUUAAAUUGUACAUUUUUAUUUUGAGGUUGUUUUUUUAAAGUAAAAAAUCAUUUCAAGUUGA